UGCCAUUGAUAUCUGUCAUUAUUUAUCACAACAAAAUCAAAUGUAAACAGUUUUAUUUAUUGAAUAAUAUCUACAAUAUUUAUUCAAAGUUUUUUACUUAAUAAGAAGUUUUGAUGAGGGUAUUGUAAUAGAAUUACCGUCAUGACGUCCCGAGCCGCGAUGAAGAGGCGUGAACUGCCCAAACUUAUGGCCUGUAUGACCAAAACUAGUUUGGAGAACAUGAGGAAUAAAGCCCUGUUUAGCUUGGAUAUGCUUGAUGCGAAAGGGAUUCGAAGGAGGAAGUUUCCUUUACACGAGUGUCUCAUUUUAGAGUUGAGAGAGGCAGGUUACACAGAAUCCUCUGACUACCUGCAGGAUCUUAUUUACGAUAAUAUGCAGCUCGUAGCAGAAGACGAAAUUGGUAUAGUCGUGGAUUUAAGAAAGAGAGUAGAUUACUUGGAGCACAUUUGUUCCGGUCUGCAGAAAGCUGAAAAAGAGAGGGAUAAAGGAAAUACGAAAAAGGAAUGCCUAGGACUUCUAAGCCUAGCCAUGCAUUACGCAGAACAGGGAAAAGGUAUCUUAUGGUUGGCAGAAAAGUUCUAUUUGGCAUCCAUUGCGGUAUCCAGCCAGUAUCUCAUAGACGGCGGUCGCCAGAAAGCGUGCUGUAAAUACCACUACGCCAAAUUCUUGCUGGACAAAUUUCCAGGAUCUGAUCCGGAGGAACCUUCAGCGAUUCUUACUGAAGUAAGAGACAAUGCUAUAGGAAAGGACUGGCCGCUCUACGAAGCUGAGAAAGAAGGUGACGAGGUGCCGCCGGACACGGUGUUCGCCAUGACGGCGGUUCAGCUGCAUCGGGUGCUGCUUGCCAAGGCCAGGGCAGCCAGGAAGACCGACCCCGCCAAGGCGGAGAGGCUCUCGCGGUUGGCGGAGAGAAGGGCUAAAGAUGCCGACGACAUCAAUAAAACCGCGGAGGCGAUAAUUGAAAUUGGCGUGUGUCAGCUAAUGAUGAAUAACUUAAACAAUGCUCAGAAGACUUUCGAGAGGGCGUUCAAGAUCCACACAGCUAGUAGCAACGUGGAGGGCUUGUGCGAAACGAGAAUGCACCUUGCUGCUGUCAUGCAAAGGCUGGGCGAGCACGAGACGGCGGUGCAGCUGCUGCUAUGGAAGCUUCUAGAGCGCGCGCUGAAGAUGCUGGGCGAGCACGAGACGGCGGCGCGGCUGCUGACGGAGAUGGGCGCGCUGGCCAUGGAGCGCGGGCUGCGGCGGCAGCUGGGCCGCGCGCUGCAUCUGCUGGGCGAGCUGCAUCUGCGCCGCGAGCGCCCCGAGCUCGGCACGCAGCAUCUGGCCGAGGCUUUCACGCGCUCCAUGGGCCUGUGUCGCCACUCCCUGAUUGUUUAUCAGCAACUUAUCUGUCAGAUAAAAUGCAAUCUUGGGAUUGACAAAUCUCGGAAAUCUCGGAUAGACACAGCUCUUGAAAAAGUUGAAAAUAAAUGGCUGGGCGAGCACGAGACGGCGGCGCGGCUGCUGACGGAGAUGGGCGCGCUGGCCAUGGAGCGCGGGCUGCGGCGGCAGCUGGGCCGCGCGCUGCAUCUGCUGGGCGAGCUGCAUCUGCGCCGCGAGCGCCCCGAGCUCGGCACGCAGCAUCUGGCUGAGGCUUUCACGCGCUCCAUGGGCCUGUGUCGCCACUCCCUGAUAGUCUCUCAGCAACUUAUCUGUCAGAUACAAUGCGACUGCGAUUUGCAAGUCUCGGAUAAAGAGGCUGGGCGAGCACGAGACGGCGGCGCGGUUGCUGAUAGAGAUGGACUAUGGAAGUAUCUGGAGCGCUCGCUUAAAUGUCUGAUAUCUCUAGUUGGUCCUGAUAGCCUAUCACUUGACAUCAGGCUGGGCGAGCACGAGACGGCGGCGCGGCUGCUGAUAGAGAUGGACUAUGGAAGCUUCUGGAGCCCUCGCUGA